AUGCCGCUGUGUCUCACUUUCAUCGAAUUGAAGAAAGCCUUUGAUAAAGUUGCGAUCGAAACGGCCAUGGAGGCCUUGUACAACCAAGGUUUCCCUACUCCAUACAUAAAGAUACUUCGUGAGUUGUAUAGCAACUUUACAACCAAAAUUCCCCCAUUCUACAAUGUCAUAAUCGACGUGAAGAGAGGUGUUAGUCAGGGUGACACAAUUUCACCCAAAAUAGCCAGUGCCACUUUUAAGAACGCGAUGCGAAGAUUGAAAUGGGAUAUCAUGGGAGUGAAAGUUGACAGCCGGCAUCUACACCAUUUUCGUUUCGCUGAUAACAUCGUUCUUAUAACAUCAAGCAUCAUUCAGACAAGACGAUAUGCCGACGACGCCCCAGUCACCCUCAACAGAACGAAUAUAUCCGAAUGCUCCAACUAUGUAUAUCUAAGUUGGGAAAUCAACAUUACGAACAACCUUAAAUCCGAGCUUGGCCGAAGAAAACGAGCGGCUUGGGAAGCAUUCAAGAGCAAGGAUGUAGUGAAGAGGAUCAAUAACAUCCAGCUCCUUGCUCACCUAUUCAACACCACCGUUCUUCCUUCUUUGGCCUACGCCUCAGAAACCUCGGCAUUUCGCAAGCAGGAAGAGAAUGCGAUAGAUUGCGGAAUUGAAAGGGUGAUGCUAGGAGUAACCCGCUUUACGCAAGUGAAGCAAGGGAUUCGAACUUCACUCCUAAGUCACCGAUCGAAGAUCAGAGACGCUGCCACAUAUGCCAAGGAAAGCAAAAUUACGAUGCGUAAUUUUGCUUUCCUUGGCAUAUGUGGCAGCGUCUCUGAUCAUAAAUUACGUAGGCCGAACGCGCGAUUCGUUUCAACUACAAUCACUGGAUAA